UUCCUUUCUUUUUGGUUGGAGCAUGUUAUAUUUCCAUACUCCCCAAACUGUGUUACUAAGGGCUGAGGCUCAGGUGCAGAAGAAUGUGUUACCUGAUUCUGUCCUGGUACCUCCCUGGAUGCCAUGGGAAAGAAGGAGAAAGGGUCAUUUCGUCACCAUAGAGUUGUUCUUUGCUCAUCUCCUGAAGGCUCAGAGGACUCCCACCCCACCUCCUUGAUCCUCUUGACCUCUGUCAUUAACACUUGCCCCACCAGGAAUGUAGCACCUGGUGGCUGACAAGGGAAGCAGGCAACAUGAGGUUCUGAGGCCGGUAGACAGGACUGUCGCCCCAUUUCCCAUGUGGUGAGGGACUGGCAGCUCAGCUGUGCUCUGCAGCACUGCCUCCUAGAGUCCCACCCAAGACUGACACCACCUGGCCCUCCCUUUUCUGAUCCCUUCCUUCCCAGAAAAUCCACUUGGACAUCUAGUAGCCUCUUAAGCUUUUUCAGAAUGGAUCUUUGGAGUCCUCUCUGUGCCACAACUUGCCCACCAGAUUUUCUGGCUUGGAAAAUGGCACCAUCCAUGCACCUAGUGCCUGAGGAAUCACCUUGAUUCUUCUCCCUUCUUCACCUCCCACAUGCACAACACACUAGGAAUCCAGCCACCUCUCACCACCUCCAUGGUUGGCAUUCUGGCCAUACCCUUCACGUGGCUCCCUGCUUUAGCCUCCUGAUUUGUCUUCUUGCUUCCAUCCUGGUCCCUCCACAGUCUAGCUCCUCACAACCACCAGGGAGGUCUUUAACAUAAGUCAAAUCCUCUCCCUUCCUUGCUCAGAAGCCUCCUAUGGCUCCGCAUUUCACUCUAGAGAGAAAAAAGUAAACCCAAAACUCAAAGUCUUUUCCUGCAACGCCCCCAUGAACCACCACUCUCAACCUCCUUGACCUUGAUCUCAGCCCCUCCCCUAGUUUUUUAAACCUGGACCACCUGGAACUGAUUUCUGUUCUUUACACAUGCCAAGCUUGUUUCCACCUGAGGACUUCUAAUUUGCUGUGCCCUCUGCCCAAAACACUGAUCUCACAGUCCAGAAUGGCUCAUCUCAAAUGUCAUUAAUCCAGAAAGACUUCCUGACCAACUCUGCCUAGGCAGCAUGCCCUUCUACAGGAGUUCUGUCUUCUUAUCCUGCUUUAUUUUCUUUAUAACCUUGAUUAUUGUUUGGAAUUUUUAUUUAUAUGUAUACUUACUGAUUUGUCAUCUGUCCUACCUCAAUAGAAUAUAAAUUGGAUGAUGGCAGAGAUCUUAUCCCUCUUACUCCCUACAGCUCUCCCUGAGGGGGGAAGCAGGUAAGAAAUUUGCAGACAGCCCCAUCUAUAAUUGCAAAUUGUGGUAAGUGCUACUUAAGGCAAUUGCUUGUAAUUGAGGCGCUUGUAAAUGUCAAGUUUACUAGGUUGAACUAUUGUGUUGUCAAAAUAAGCUCUCUGAGCCAUUUUAGGGGCGAAGACAAGCCUGGAAAAGACUGGCAAUUUGCCCCAGAUCACACAUAGUGAUUGGAACUCAGCCUCCUACCCUAAGAACAUGUAUGUGGCAAGCUUUAAUGGUGGGCCUGCAAUCAUGUUCUGGAAAGAAACUGAUCCUGGAGCCUGAUAAUUUUCCACUAACUAGCAAGCCCUUAUUCUUGGUACUUCAUUUUCUUCACCUUUAAAGUAGGAUGAUCUUAUUAUUAUCCUUUUGGGCUUUUUUUCUCCCUAGUACACCCCAAAGAAGUAGCACUUCUUGCUUUCAGCAACGAGGGGCACAUACAGACCUUAGGACAAUGGCAGGGAGUCAGAACUCUCCGCAAUACCAACCAACCUACAAGACAGAAAUGGGGCCUAGAUUUUCUGGAUCUUAUUUCUUUUGUUCAUCAAUUCAUUUUUUAUUUUUUGAGGGCCUCUGGACUUGGGCAGUAAUAAAAUUGGAUGAUUAAAGAAAGAAGCAAAACAUUCCAAAGAGUUGAGAAAGAAAGAAGUAAUUGCCUUUUGUCCGAUCCCACUCCCAACUCUGUUGCCAUAUGUGGUGUGUUUUCUUCCAGUCUUUUUUCCCCUCUCAGCCCAUCCUUUUUUGGGCCAGUGCCCUCUGUCACUUCAGAACCUGGACAGCGAUGACGUUUGCUGAGGACAAGACUUACGACUAUAUCCGCCACCAUUACAGCAAUUUUGGUCAUAUUCAUGUUCUGGAGAUUCUGCCUUAUCUGUCCUGCCUCACAAUAAGUGACCAGGACCGACUGCGGGCCUACUACCAGCUCUGGGGGAACCAGGGCACCCUCUGGGAGCUCUUCAACAGCCUUCGGCGGCGGACUGGCUGGGUGGAAUCCUUCAUCAAGGCCCUGAGGAUCUGUGAGCUGGCCGGUCUUGCUGACGAAGUGGCCUCUGUCUACCAGAGCAACCUGCCCGGGGUCCCGAAGAACUGCCCCCCAGCCCCACUGGAGCCACAGUUAGCUCCUGCUGAGGUUCCAGGGCCCUCCACACCUGCCGUGGCCCCCAGCGCCCCCCACAAUGGCUACAGAGAGGAGGAGUCAAGUUUCCCCAUGCCUGUCCAGGACACUGAGCCGCCAGGGUCCCUAGGAGAGAGUUCAAAGAAAGUCCCACAGACACCCAGUUCUGGGACUGUCCUGAGGAGGCCAGCUGGCCCCCUGGAGCCCUCCUCUGACAUGGCAGCCCUCAGCCCUCUGACCUCCAGUGGGCGUCAGGAGCAGGACACAGAACCAGGCAGUGCCCACAUAGCAGGCAUGGCCUCCAGCCUCACACCACCCCGUGGGCCUGUGUCUCCAUCUGUCUCCUUCCAGCCACUGACCCGUUCCAUCCCCAGGGCAAGCCGCUUGCCAGGACCCUCAGUAUCAGCUCCGCCUACUGGCAUCUCCUCCUCUUCCCCUGGCUUGGCCUCUUCAGGGGGUGCUGGUGACCAUGGUGAGGCUACCAUCUGCCCUGGGGCCGGGGUGUUGGCCAGCUCAUUGACCACCAGCGUGGCACCCUCCAAAGUGCCUACCAACUCAGCAUUUGAUAGAACGAUGCCUUCCAAGUUGCCUGCCAGCUCGAAACCCUCUGGCACAAUGUCUACUAACGUGCUCACUAGUCUACCACCAUCCAAACUGCCUAUCAACUCCACACGUGCUGGCACAGUGGCACCCAAGGUGCCUACUGGCUUGGUGCCUGACCACAGGAUGUCCACAAGCACAGCGCCCAGCACGGUGCCUGCCAACACAGUGCCCCCCGUCAGGAGCAGCAUAUCCUCAGGGGAGACUCCUCCAGUGGCUCCAGAGCCCACAGGCACCUCUACCAGAGACAGCUUGCCCGAGCCAGACCACAACCCUGCCACCUGGGGCUCCGAGUUGGAGCUGAGCAAGCCUGGCCGGCUGGUCUCCCACAUGGACAGUGAGCCGUUCUCAGGCUGCUCUGCGGACCUGGCCCUCAGCUGCAGCAAGUCCUUGGGCGCAGGGCCUGACAACGCCCCAGAGGAGAAUGAGUACCAGUCAGUGGAGUCCAUUAGGAUCCAAGUGGCCCAGGAUCCCAGCAUUAACCUGGUAGAGGGUAGUCCCGGGCCUCCUGCUGCCCCACAGCCCUCAGUCAAGGACAAGUUUGUCCCGGCCAGAUUCUAUGCUCCAUGGCUUGGGGCAGCUGCAGCUGGGGCUCUCUUCGCCAUGCUCUUGGCUGUGCUGUAUAGGCGGCGCCUGUGAAGCCCCUAGGGCCUCCUUGUCCCGAGUCUGCUCCCUUCCCUGCAGGACAUCUAGCCCAAGCACGGACUGUGCUAUCUCCCCGUCUUGUCCCUUUCAUGGGGCUCGUGGAGCCUGGGCCUGAGGAGAGCCAGGAGGGGGAGGGGGUGUGCACAGACUGAGUGCAGACCAGAUUUCUGUCCCAGCCCUUGCCCUCCCCAUGUACUCCAGACUUCACACACCCCACAAUCUGGUCUGUGGCCUUUAUUCUCUGGAGGAGGUGAGGUACCCCCAUCCAGACCCUGUUUGCUCAAGUCCACAGAUGAGGUGGUGCUGCUAGAUCAUGCAGGGGGUCAGAACCCUCCCCCUCCCCCCCCCCAUCCUGCCCUGGUGCCUGGUGGCCAGCAGAUGUGCAGGGUGGGGGAUCCCACAGGACCUUGCUCCAGACCCUAAAAGCCCCCGGAACGUAAGGGUGAUCCAUUUCCAGGGACCUGGCUGCUUGAGGUCCCCCAAGAAGCGAGGGAAGUCCAGAGGUUCCCCUGGACCCCUAGGGAACCUAAGGCAGCUGCUAGGCCCGAGGACUGUCUCUGAAGCCCCUCUCCAGUCUCCUCACCCCCAUUUCCCCUUUCCCUCCCUCUGGUCUCCGUGGUCUUUAGCUUGGUGGUGGUGGGGAGGGGGGUUUGGGAAGGAGAGACCUGCCAGGGUAAGCUCAGGCCAAGGUUUGGAUUUCAGCUCCACCCCUUCCUGGGCUGUGUGGCCUUGACAAGAUGAUCAGACUUCUCUGGUCUUGCUUCCCCACAUGGCCAGUGAGUAUCAUGGCUCAUUUCCCCUGGGCUCUUCUGAGGUUGAAGCACACAAGUGUUUUUCAAGUGCCUGCAUUCCCCAGAGUAGGUGACUGCUGAUAGCUGCCCCUACCUCUCCCCUGCCAAGCCUGGUAGACAUGAGGGUAUAAGAGGCAGAAUGCCCAGUGGGUAAGGGUGCAACUCUGUAGUUUGGGGUGGCCUGGGCCUGUACCCCACUCGAACUUUCACUCACUCUCUGUGCUCUGUCACUGUGCUCUCUAUUAACCUCUCUGUGCCUCAGUUUCCUCAGCUGUAAAAUGAGGAUUAAUAGUAAAAUUUUAUAUGUAUAUAAAAACAAAUCUCCUAGUGUGAUGAGGAUUAAAUGAGUUUAUCUAUAUGAA